CAUGGCUCGGCAAAUCAAGGAACUGGCUUCGACGUCACCAUGAUAGCAAUGACUGCUCAGAUGAUGAAAGAAUUGAAAGGAAGAAAUGCUAGGCGAGCGGAAAGGAGAAGGCAGGCCAAUGAUGUCAUCAAAACAAUUCGACUAUGUCCACUGCUUCCAAGGACCAUGCCAAGGACUCGGAGACAGGCUUCAAAUUUGGGGACGCGAAAGCCUUGGCCAAUGGAGGUUAUCGCACCCUAGAGUCCUCAUAUCCCGAAGACCUGUUCGUUCUUGCCCGCAAUGGAAUCUCACCACCGUUGACGAUGUUUACUCCCACAACGCUCACGAAUAUUAGGCUCGGAAGAGAUGUAACGUAUCGGAAGUUCGCACGAGGUGCUACAUCGACGAACAUCCGAGUACUCGAUACUUCGACUUUCCCCAACGAAAAGGACAUGACCUUGGCCCAAUGGCUCGCAGCGUACGAAAACUUCUUGAGCUUUAUCUCGGAGUUAUGUGAAGGAGAGCGAAUCUUCGAAGGUUUUGUGAAACAUCACCAGCGAGCAGUUACCGACCCAGACAUCGAGGCGACAUUCGAGGCUCACAAGGAAUUCGACUGCGACCAUUUACGACCGCAAUUCUUCACUAGGGGAGGCAUUAUUAUUGAUGUUAACUCGAAAGAGUACAUUGAAGGUUGGAACCGCGUCGUGCAAAGGGUCGCUAGGCGUACGACAGCCCAGGAGAUCAAGACUGCCGUUGCUCAAUACAUCCCAGCCGUCAAUGGCCCAACUAGGACCACAAAAACAAAUCCCGGUUUCAGCCCUUUGACAAAUCUCAGUAUUCCGCGCUAUGCUUCGAAUAAAGUGGCAGCUUAGGUAAAUUUACCAGGCUAGAAGGACG